AUGAAAAUGUGCUCAACAUCACCAAUUAUUAGAGAAAUGCAAAUCAAAAUUACAAUUAGUCAUAUUAUUUUAAUUUUUCCUGGUAGUCACCUCCACCACAUGGAACCAGGUAACAAUACACAAUUUUCCGAAUUUUUUCUUCUGGGAUUUUCAGAGGAACCAAGACUACAGCCCCUCAUAUUUGGACUUUUCCUCUCCAUGUAUCUAAUCACUGUGCUUGAAAACCUGCUCAUCAUCUUGGUCACCAUCUCUGACCCCCACCUCCACACCCCCAUGUACUUCUUCCUCUCCAAUCUGUCCUUUGUAGACAUCUGUUUCACUUCCACCACCAUCCCAAAGAUGCUGCAGAACAUUCAGACCGAGAGCAAAGUCAUAGCCUACGAAGAGUGUAUCAUCCAAGUGUAUUUUUACAUAUUCUUUGCAGGAUUAGAUGACUUCCUGUUGACUGUGAUGGCCUAUGACCGGUAUGUGGCCAUCUGCCAUCCCCUACACUACAAGGUCAUCAUGAAACCCCAGCUUUGUGGACUGCUGGUUCUGGUGUCCUGGAUGUUGAGUGCUAUGUAUUCCUUGUUACAAAGUUUAAUGGCUUUGCGAUUGACCUUCUGUGCACGAGUGGAAAUCCCCCAGUUUUUCUGUGAACUCAAUCAGAUGGUUCAACGUGCCUGUUCUGAUACCUUUCUUAAUGACAUGGUGAUGUAUUUGGCAUCAGUGCUACUAGCUGGUGGACCCUUUGCUGGUAUCCUUUAUUCUUACUCUAAGAUAGUUUUCUCUAUACAAGGAAUCUCAUCAGCUCAGGGGAAGUAUAAAGCAUUUUACACCUGUGUGUCUCACAUCUCAGUUGUCUUAUUAUUUUAUUGUACGAGCCUAGGAGUGUACCUUAGCUCUUCAGCUAGCCACAGCUCACACUCAAGUGCAGCAGCCUCAGUGAUGUACACGGUGGUCACACCCAUGCUAAACCCCUUCAUCUACAGUCUCAGGAAUAAAGACAUAAAGGGGGCUCUGAAGAGAUUCUAUGGAAUUGUAGGUAUAAAAAGGCCAAUUGUCCUGGGAGUGAUGAAGUGCCCUUGA